AUGACAGAGAGAAUGCCGAUUCGCGUGGGACCCUUACAACGCCAUAUUUACCCGUAUUCCGUAGCUGUCGACGAUUUGCUUACAAGAACUAAACAAAUCAUCGUUGAUCAAGACACAGGCGCGCGUCUGAAAGAACCUCGCAGCCUUUACUCGAUUGGAAAUUAUGGACAAGAAGCAAAGUUUCCGAAUCACGUUCAAGUGGCAUUAGAUACGCCAGAUACUCUCAAUUGCGAGCCGGAAACUCACAAUGAGCCACUUUACGAAAAUCGAGGUGACGAGCCAAAGCCAGAACCUAGAGCAACACUGAGUCAAUGCGUUUACUACAAUGAUCCCGGACCAGACAAUUAUUUCAUGCGUUCCCGAGCGCGUGGCAAAAAACCGGUCAAUUUACCCGUACCUACGGGUGCAGAUACGCUUCAUUUCGAAUCUCGGUUUGAAUCUGGUAAUCUUCUGCGAGCGAGCAAAGUUGGAGAAUUCGAAUAUGAGCUAGAACUGCGGACUGACUUGUACACGAAUCGUCAUACACAGUGGUUUUAUUUUCAGAUCAAAAACAUCCGCCCUGAUGUGAACUACAGAUUCACCAUCAUAAAUUUCUCGAAACCAUCUUCGCUUUACAAUAAUGGCCUCAGACCCCUGAUGUACUCAACUCAUCUUGCUGAAACACGUGGAAAAGGGUGGAUAAGAAACGGCGAAAACAUCCGCUAUUACAGGCGUGCGAUUCCAACACCAUCCGGUAGAUCACAGUACUGUUUGACUUGGACAAUGAAAUUUCCUCACAAUGAUGACACUGUUUACCUCGCUCAUGACUAUCCCUAUACGUAUACGGAUCUUCAACAGUAUCUUGACACGCUGACAAACGAUACUUCAAAGUCGCGCUUUAUCAAAACUAGAAUUUUAUGCAGAAGUCUUGCCCAGAAUUUUGUUCAUAUUCUUACGAUAACGAAUCCCCAUGAGACGUUAGAAGCAAAGCAGAAGAAAGUAGUUGUGAUUUCUGCUCGAGUUCAUCCAGGUGAAACAAAUGGUAGCUGGAUGAUGAAAGGUUUUCUGGACUUUAUCACAUCUAUGGAUCCUGACGCUGUCACUUUGCGAGGGCAUUUUAUAUUCAAAGUGAUUCCGAUGCUCAAUCCAGAUGGAGUUAUUGUUGGCAACUAUCGCUGCAGUUUAGCCGGAAGAGACCUGAACAGGCGCUACAAAACGACGCUGCGUGAGGCUUUUCCCGCGAUUUACGCGCUCACCAGAAACGUUCAAAUCUUCCAAAAAGAACAUGAAGUGGCGUUCUACAUAGAUCUGCACGGACACUCGAGGAAGCACAAUGUCUUUAUGUACGGCUGUCAGUCUGUCGAGCAGCCUGGUCUCGAAAAAGUUUUCCCAUACAUGAUGUCGCUGAAUGCCCCGGGAAUCUUCAAAUUCGAAUCUUGCAAAUACAAAACUCAGGCGAACAAAGAAGGAACCGGGCGCGUAUUUAUGCAUCGACUUGGUGUAAAGAAUUCUUUUACAAUGGAGGCUUCUUUUGGCGGGUCAACACUGGGGAGCCGGGCUGGCACGCAUUUAGGAAUAAAAGACUUGGAACGAAUGGGUCGACACAUAUGCGACACAUUACUCGAUUUCUAUGAUCCCGAUCCGGCAAAGAUCCAAUACUGCCAAGAUGAAAUUUCGCAGAAACUAAGGGAAAAACUUAUUGCUAGAUAUGGAGAAGAUCAAAUUCCGAAAGAUCCUCAGCUCCUUCAUGAUUUCGAGUCCGACACUUCCGGAAGCAAUUCAAGCUCAGACGAAGGCUUGCCAGCACAUCUUGCUGAAGAGCAUCAGAAGAGAAAAACAAAGUGGAAAAAACGGCAACCAAAAAAAUCGGAUGCAAAGCGACUCGACCGCUCUCAAAGAGCGAAAUCGGCAGAAGACGCAUCGAAAUUGCUGAAAAACGUGAAAGUUCGACCGCCAAGACCGACGCCUUCAAGUACAUCGAAUGGGCACAAUCGCUCAGAUGCGGAAUUCCACUCGACCAGCACAAAAAAGUCGGUGGGCGACGUGUCCGCCACGACUAAGACAAUUGACUUCGAGCGUCUCCACAAUUUCGCGCGAUCAGCUCCACAACCGUCCACCACUGCUAGACCAGUCCCCUCUCAGACACAUGAACAGAAGUUGCAUCAAAGAGUUCGUUAUAAACAUAUUCCGCCCUUUAAAAAACCGUCUUCACAUGAUGACGACGGAGACUAUGACGGUGACAAGCUUUCUCGCAUUACACUGACGUUUGUCCGGGGCAAUUCGGCCGAAUUGCGCGAGGAGGAAGCGCUCGGUCCAUUAAACCACCACGCCCGGAUAUCAGGAGGCGGUAAGGGUGGCCGAGGCAGUGUGUUACAGUCGCUCCAGCAGCGACCAGUCAACAGGUUUCAUGAUCCAUUUCAUGCUCGUUAUCGUCGAAGGGAAGGCUCCAAAUCAAAAGAACGAGAGAGCGCCCAUAACACACUGCUUGUAAACGGGAAGCCGCGCGACGUGGAACCACUGAAAACAAGGAAGACAAUACAGCGGCGAGAACCGAUGUUCCCAUAUCUUUCGCCGUCUGCUCUCGGCAACUUUAUCGGAGAGGAAGCCAUGUACUGCCCCGAAUCUUCAAGCAGCGACAGGGCUGUAAAUGACAAGCCUCUUCCAGAACUAUCGCCUCCGGACUCGCUCCAGCCUAGAACGGAUAAUCAAAAGAUACUCAAUUAUUCUCAUGAAACUACAGAUAAAAUUUUCGUGAAGCCGAAAAUCAUUGAGCAAAAUGAAACCACGCCCAUUAAUGGAACUAGCAAUUGGAAGCAGCAAUCUACCGACUACGGACAGGCCGACGACUGCUGUUAG